GUGUGUGCUGUAUUUUGUGAUUUAUCAAGGAUUUAACUUAGAAUAUUUUUUUUAGACAAAUUCAAUAAUAAAUAUAUGAGUAAAGUAAUUAUAACAUAUAACAAGAUGCUAGCGCCUUAUUACAGGAGAUUUAAUAUUAACGUCGGCAAGCGAUUGUUUUCAACUUGCUAUCCUGAAAUAGAAACAGAAUACUAUUGUAAUAUUAAAAAUUGUUCAGAAAUUAAACAAAAUAUUAAUCAACGGAAGGGUGUAGGUAGCUUAGAUCAUGUACUAGAAUUGUACCAUAUUUUAAAAACAACAUCUACUAGUGCAAAUUCUUAUGAAAAUGUAAAGAAGGAUUUUUACAAAGAAUUGAUGCUAUUACCGAAUCGAACUCAUCCUUUAGUUCAGCAAUAUGGGGAAAAUCCUGUCACUGUCACUACUUUAAACGAAAAAAAGGAUUUUGGCAUUCACAAACCAUUGGAAUUCAGUGAAAUUACAGAAUUUUUGAACUUGAUGAGAACUGACAGGCUUGGGUACACUUGUGAUAAUAAAAGUUAUUACUACUUUGGUGAAUUAGCUGAAUAUGAAGAAGCUCUAAUCAAAUACACAGUGUCUUCAUUAUUGAAAAAGGGUUUCAAAUUAGUUUCUGUACCCGAUAUAUUACCAAGUGCGAUAAUAACAAGUUGUGGUAUGACUGUAAAUAGUGACAGAACUCAGAUUUAUUCUUUGGAUCCCAUAUUGCAUGGACCUGAUUUGUAUCUCUCUGGUACAGCUGAAAUGUCUCUAGCCGGGCUUUUUAAAAAUACUCUCCAUUCUUCAGAUAAAUUGCCAAUAAAGCUUGCCGCAGUUAGUAGAUGCUAUAGAGCGGAGACUUCUAAUGUAUUAGAUGAAAGAGGGACUUAUAGAGUUCAUCAAUUUACUAAAGUUGAAAUGUUUAUUGUUUCACAUCCAAAUUUGUCUGAUCAGAUGCUAGAAUAUAUCAGAAAAACUCAAGAAGAAUUAUUUACGCCAUUAGGCAUACACAUGAGAGUGUUGGAUAUGCCACCACAUGAAUUGGGGGCACCAGCUUACAGAAAAUAUGACAUUGAAGCUUGGAUGCCAGGCAGAAACAAUUACGGAGAAAUAUCGAGUUGCAGUAAUUGUACAGACUAUCAAUCCAGGAGACUUAACAUUAAAUAUAAUGAUGGAAAAACUGAUAAUUAUGUGCACACAUUAAAUGGUACAGCUUGUGCAAUUCCACGGAUGUUAAUUUCUUUAAUGGAAACCCAUCAACAGGCUAAGGGAAAAAUAGAAAUUCCAGAAAUCCUACAACCAUAUAUGAACAACAAAAAAAAUAUUGUUAAAAACACAGUCAUGCCGAAAUUAAAACUUUUAAAAAUAAAACAUUAAAUUUGAA